AUGGGCGCCGGUCAAUCAAGAAGUCGAGUGUCAAUGGACGCCCUGCCGGUCGCCGACGACUCUGACUCUGAGAGUCAUCACACCAUCUCCCCUUCCUCCUCGACCGCCUCGCUCCCUGACAUGGCGUUCGACAAUGCCAAAGCUCCUCCGACGAUUGGCAUCCCCCCUUCCACCAUUCCUUCAGCCGCCGCAUCCGCCUCCCCAGCCACCACCGCCGCCAGCACAAACAAUUCCAACUCCAACGCCUCCGCAUCCACCUCAAAAUUGUCCCACCACGCGUUUCAGUCAGGCCGACCAGUAGGGCUCGGCCUGUCAUCCGUCAACCUGGACGGUGCUUCCCGCCGGUGGCCAGUAGCCCUUGACCUCGCCGACGAGGCCCUCUCAUCAGACGACGAGGACGAUGAUGUCGAAAUCGACCAGCAUGAGAUGGACUCGUACAUGGCAUCGCACCGUGCGCCGGUCGAUGCGGCCCUGCGAUCGAUGCCUGGUGUCGUCGGUUUGGGCGAUGGCUGGGCGAACGUGCCUCAGAGCAAGCCAAAGAAAAGGUGGUUCAGGAAAGAGAAACAGCCCGCUGCGCCACCCGAGGAUGACCCGCUCUCGCUAUGGUCAAUGAACGACGCCUCGCAGGCACCGACCUCUCCAGAGAAGGAAGUCAGCAAUGCGAAGUGGUGGAAGUCGAAGAAGAAUCUCUUCAACGCUUCCCAGCGCGUCGUGUCGCUCCCGCCGUCCGCCCAGUCCAACAGCGCUUCAUCACCAUCCGAGGCUGGCCCCAGCACGAAUGCCGCCAAGUCACCCCCUGUCGCGAUUAAGACUCGCGGAGGUCGGUUAUUAGGUCGCUCGCGCCUCAACUUUGGCUCCAUGGUCGACUUGGCCCGCGCAAAGGACAAGGACGCGCGAGUCUCCCUCACGCCCAACAUGCCGUCGUCCGCCGACGUUUCCACCUUCAAGGAGGCUGCCGCAAAGACCACCAAAGCCAAGCGCCACAGCGUUCCUGGUGUCGUCAGUCAAGGCCGUCCAGACAAGAACGCUGCCGGCACCCGCGCCGCGCACCCGCUGGAGCUGUCACAUGGAGCCAAUCCCGCUCCCGCUGCCCGCUCGCAGCCGGUCAUCAUCUCGGCAGCUUCCUCGCAACCUUCCUUCUCACCAUCACCAGUUCCGAGUCACCCUAUGCUUCGCCAGGCGUUCGCCCGAUCCGAGUCGCACCUUGCUGGCAACCCUGGCGUCCCACCACGCCCCGCCCCGCUGAUCAUCAAUAGCGGUGCGUUCGCCCCGACAACUUCUUCGAUGCCCCUUUGGCGACCGCCAAUCAUGUCGCCUACCCCUCUGCUUGGCGUGCAGGAGGAGGACGAGGAGGAGCACGAGCAGCCGGUGCCCGAGUCGACAGAGCGACCGCCGCUCAAGCGCAGCGCAACCUUCGGCGACGACGAGGAUCUCCCGUCCGACAAGAAGGACAAGCAGCAGGCUUCCGCCGCCCCUCUUCUCCCGACUGUCACUGCGUCGCCCCGCGAGCCGUCGUGUGCAAUUUCGAUCCACAGCUCAAACAACGGCGGUACGAGCAUCAACGGUAACGCGUCCGCCAAGGGUGAGAUGCCCGCCGCUGCUACGAAUCCCAGCCCGAACGUCAAGGUGGGCCUCAUCGGUCGCAUGAAGAACGCGUUCAACAAGGGCCGCCGUUCGCGUGUCGCCCCGGACUCUCCCCAGAACUUCCAGUCCGAGCGCGUGACGCCGUCCGCCGCCGUCCUGGCGGAGGAGCCAAAGAGUGCCAGCACUGGACGUGGCCUGCGCCCGCGCAGCAGCAUCUUCGUGCGUCGGAACCAGAACGCGGCUUCCUCGAACAUCGACUUCUCAGUGCCCCGUGAGGAUGACAACGACGAGUCCAAAAAGGACUCUUUCCGCGUCUCCCGCCAUGUUGUUGAGAGCAUGAUCAACCUGUCUACCCCGAGCCGCAAUUCUGAUCUCUCGCCCCCGACGCCUACGACGCCGACCCCUGGUCGUUACGAGGACUUUAAUGGACAGUCCUCGACCGGCUCGCGCAACUCACGGUACAAGCGCAACUCGUGGGUUGGGUCGUUCCCUAGGCGUCACGGCGAUGACGACGAAGUCGACAUGCGUGACACCAGCUUUGACUCGCGCCGGAGCAAGGUCAGCCUCCGCCGGCUCAAGUCGCAGAGCAAGUCGCGUCCCGGCCUCGGCACCGUGUUCCCGCGUCCGCCGACCGAGGUGCAGCAGCCGCCACCCCUGCACUGGGCGAUCCCCUCUUCGUCAUACUCGACGCCGAUGCUGCACAAGUUUGGUGGCUCGACGCUCAGCCUUGCGCUCGACAUCAGCGCCGACAUGGGCGAUGGUCUCGACGACAUUGCCGAGCGCCCGAACCGUGCCGUCUCGCCUACCCCGUCGGAAUCUCGCGAGCGCCACCUCGCCUCGACGAUCGCCGCCCUGACGAACAACAAGCCGAGGGUCACGAGCACGCUGGCGCAGAAGGACCAGCCCCGUCUCCUGCAGCGUCGUGCAUCGAAGCGCGCUGCUGAGGAGCGUACUGGCGCUACGCCUGUUUCUGUCCCGAUCAACAUCAACUAUGCCGCUUCUUCGGACUCGCUCAGCCUGGGGCCCAACAUUGUUGACUUCCCGCUCCCUCCGUCCAACUCGUCUGGCGACAUUUCGUCGUCGCCCGACCCGGACCAGGUCGAGCAGCUGUACACUCCCCACGACCCAUCCCACUACCCGACUGUGCCCGCCGAGUACUACACGAGCGCGGACAUUGCGGACUGCGAUGCGUCGGACAGCAGCAGCAGCGGCUCGGGUCCCUCGCGCCCGCGUCGCCGUCUGCGCAAGCAGCCGUCCUGGUCGACGUGCAAGACGUCUGCCGGUGGCUGCAACUCGUUCACGCCGAUUGCGACGCCAACGUCGUCCAACUCGGGCGAGAACGUCCCCGCCUCGGCCAUCAGCAAGCACGCCUACGCCGACUCACUCGAUGACCAGUCAUUCCACUCAUUCCCGCCCGACGAGCGCAUGAGCGCCUUCUCGUCGCCGCGCUCGACGAGCAUUGUAAUCUAG